AUGGACGCAGGCGGUCUUGCUCAGAUGUCCUACAACAACUUCCCGUCCAGUAAUGGAUUGGGAUUGCCCGGUUCUGGCUUUGCUUCCAGACGAGCAAAUGCCCCAAAUCUCAAGCGCCUCAACUUCGAACCAACCAAGCAGUCCGACCCCCAAGACAACGGAGCUCCGACACCGCGCACCUCCCGGUCUCACUUGCUUGCGGGCUUGAGAACAGCGCCAAAGUCCGCCACCUCCAGCACAUUCCCCUCGACGGCCCCUCCCACCCAACUGCAACAUAACACCGGACUUGCAGGAAGCAUCUAUGCGGACAAAGAGAGCUAUGGUGGACCAAAGACUUCCGUUUACUCCAACCAGCAGGGUGGAUUCAACCAGUUGAAUAAUCGUCAGAUGUACUCCGUUCCAGAGCAACCACUUGCACCACCCGAGAUCCUCGUUGAUGAGCACGGCCAGGAGCAGAUGGACCCAAAUCUCUAUGCUCAAUUGGUAGCUACCAACAUGUACCUUGCAGAGCAACAGCAACGUCUGCAGCAACAACUCAUCAAUGUCCAGGCAGCUGCUCAACAAUUCCAGGGUUUGAACUUAGGGAUGGGAAAUCAGAUGCAACAGCAGUUUGCUACGCCUCCGGUCACACCGCAGAAUAUGUAUCAGCAGCAACAGGUCAAGAACAAUAUGCAGCCAAUCAUCACACCAGUGAUGGGAGCCCAGCCCGGAAUCUAUUCGUACUACAUUCCGGCAACCGGCCAGCAAAGCUAUUUCAUGGACCAGAGCGCCCAACAAACUCAGUUCAUGGACCAGCAGGUUGUGCAGCAAUCAGUCAACUACUCACCACCUCAGCAGCAUGGCACACCACGAUUCCAGGUUUCCCCGCCUCCGCAAUCAGAUACUCCUACGUUCACCCGAAGCAUCAGCCCUCCCAAGAAGUCUCAAUCUCCGCCAUCAGACCACGCUCCCUUGCCACCUCCAUCGGCAGGUGCUUUCCGCCGCGGACACCGAAAGGCAAACUCGAUGGCAAUCGGCACUGACAUUCCUGCUACGUUUGAUGGCCCGAAGUCUGCACUUCUGCCAAAGAGCAUGGGAUUCCCAUCUACGCCAACCGCGUCUGGCUUCGGUCCUGGACAAGCUCGAGCUGGAGAGCACCCAAUCCGCCAACCUCGUGGACCACCUUCGUUGGAUGAGUUGACUGCGAAGCCCACCACCAAAUUUGAGGGCAGCAAGAACUUUGCUACUCGCACACGCCGAAACGCUGUCCACAAUCUCGUUCGUGCAGGAAUGGAACGUCGCAGAGCUCCAGGCAGUGCAGGCUCUGGUAGCAUGUCUCCGGUCUCUGAGGUCGGCGAGGUCACAUUCUCUGUCUCAUCGGACAACGAUUCGGACAGCGGUCGCAGUGGAAGUGGAAGCCUUUCCGGUCGACCAAGUCUUGGCAGCUCUCGCGCUUCAGCUCACGGUGCUAUUGGUUCUGAUCGACCAUCCUCGCGUCAAAAGGAGCGCUCCUUGGAACGCAAGUCAGCGGCAUCUGUUGACAGCAACUUCACGACCGCCAGUGUCAGCAGUGAUGAUGAUUCUUCUGUUGGAGGCAGCUUUGCUGCUGUCUUCAAGAAUGGUGGCAAGAAGCCCGAGCCCAAGAAUGUUGAGCGGAAGGCACCCAUGUUGGUUCUCACAUCGGCUGAGAAGCGCAGAGUGGGCCCUCUCUACUAG